AUGGCUGAAUCUUUUUUUUCUGACUUUGGCUUGUUUUGGUACCUGGAGGAGCUUAGAAAGGAACAGUUUUGGAAAUUUAAGGAGCUCCUCAAGCAAGAACCUCUGAAAUUUGGACUCAAGCCAAUCCCAUGGACUGAACUAAAGAAGGCUUCAAAAGAAGAUCUAGCAAAGCUGUUGGACAAGCAUUACCCAGGAAAACAGGCAUGGGAUGUGACACUGAGCCUAUUUCUACAGAUCAACCGGAGAGAUCUCUGGACCAAGGCUCGGGAAGAGAUGAGAAAUAAGCAAAACCCAUACAGAAAGCACAUGAUGGAAAAAUUCCAGCUCAUAUGGGAGAAGGAAACCUGUCUUCAAGUCCCUGAGGAUUUCUACAGAGAAACCACUAAGAAUGAGUAUAAAGAACUGAAGGACGCAUAUACUGCUGAGGAGGCUAGACCUCUCACUGUGGUUUUGAAAGGUCCUGAAGGAAUUGGAAAAACAACCCUUUUAAGAAAAGUGAUGUUGGAAUGGGCUGAGGGAAACUUCUGGAAGGACAGGUUCACCUUUGUUUUUUUCUUCAAUGUCUAUGAAAUGAACUGCAUUACAGAGACAAGCUUAGUGGAACUCAUCUCCAGGGACUGGCAUGAGUCUUCAGAGACAAUUGAAGACAUUUUUUCUCAGCCAGAGAGAAUCCUGUUCAUAAUGGAUGGCUUUGAGAAACUGAAAUUUGACUUGAAACUUAAUACUAAUUUGUGCAAUGACUGGAGACAGAGACAGCCAACACAAAUCAUUCUGAGCAGUUUGCUGCAGAAAAACUUGCUUCCAGAGUCUUCUCUACUUAUUGCAUUAGGAACGGUAUCUAUGCAAAAAAAAGAUUUCUUGUUGCAGCAUCCAAAAUACAUAACUGUCCUAGGAUUCUCUGAACAUGAAAGGAAGUUGUAUUUCUCCCACUUCUUCUGUGAGAAAAAUAAUGCCUUGAUAGCCUUCAGAUUUAUAAGUCAUAUUGGACCCUUGUUUACCUUGUGCCAGAAUCCCCUUGUGUGUUGGUUGGUCUGUACUUGUAUAAAAUGGCAGCUAGAGAGGGGAGAAGACCUUGAUAUUGCCUACCACAGCACCACCUCUUUGUAUUUAUCCUUUUUAACAAGUGCAUUCAAGACAGUAAGUGAGAAUUGUCCACCUAAGCAGAAAAGAACCCGAAUGAAAAGCCUGUGUGCCUUGGCCGCAGAGGGAAUAUGGACUCAGACAUUUGUAUUUUGCCAUGAGGAUCUUAGGAGGAAUGAAGUAACUGAAUCUGAUGUCUUGAUGUGGGUGCGCAUAAGACUUCUUCAAAAGAGAGGUGACUGCUUUACCUUCCACCAUGUGUAUAUUCAAGAGUUUUGUGCUGCUAUGUUCUAUUUGCUCAAACCACCCAAAUACAACCCUAACCCAGCCAUUGGAAGUGUAACCCAACUUGUAACAGCAAGUAUGGUUCAUGUUCAGACCCACUUGACCCAGACCGGGGUGUUCGUGUUUGGACUAUCAAAUGAAGAAACAAUCAACAUGCUGGAGAAAUCCUUUGGUUUUUUGUUGUCAAAAGAUAUAAAAAAGGAAAUAACCCAAUGCCUUAAAAGUUUAAGUCACUGUGAAUUCAAUAAGAAAAUGGUGAGUUUCCAGGAAUUGUUUGGCAGUUUAUUUGAAACCCAGGAAAAAGAAUUUGUAACACAAGUGAUGGAUUUAUUUGAAGAGAUUUCCAUUUAUAUUGGUGAUAUGGAAGAAUUGGUAAUAUCUUCAUUCUGCCUAAAGCAUUGCCAAAAUUUGAAGAAACUUCACCUGUGUUUAGACAAUGUCUUUCGAGAUCACUCUGAAUCCAACUCACAUCACAAUGUGAAGCUCAUCUAUUGGCAAGAACUGUGCUCAGUGUUCAGCACCAGCAAGAACUUCCAGAUGUUAGAUAUGGAAAACUGUAGUCUCAAUGAUGCCUCCAUGAUGAUUCUUUGCAGUGCACUGUCUCAGCCCACUUGUAAGCUCCAAAGAUUCACGUUUAAUUGUAUGCCUAACUUUGGAAAUUAUUCAGACUUUUUUAAGGCAAUUAUUCAUAACUCUCAUCUGAAAUACCUGAACCUGUAUGCCACCAGCCUCUCCUACACUAAUGUCAGGCACCUGUGUGAGAUGCUGAAGGACUCAAUGUGCAACCUAGAAGAGCUGAUGUUGGGAAAGUGUAACAUCACACAUGAAGCUUGUAAGAAUAUUGCCUCUGUCCUCAUACACAACAACAAGUUGAAGCGUCUCUCUUUGGUAGAAAAUCCUGUGAAGAACGAGGGAGCGAUGGUGUUGUGUGAAGCCCUGAAGCACCCAAACUGUGCCCUAGAGACACUGAUGUUAAUGCACUGUGGUCUCACCUCUGUUUCCUGUGACUACAUCUCCCAAGCUCUUUUGUGCAACAAAUCUCUGACUCUCCUCGAUCUGGGGUCAAAUUUCCUGGAAGAUAAUGGGAUGGUAUCUUUAUGUGAAGCACUGAAGCACCCAAACUGCAACAUACAGGAAUUGUGGUUGGUGGGUUGUUACCUUACUCCCAUUUGCUGUAAGGACAUUUCUGCUGUUCUUAUUUGCAAUGAAAAACUAAAGACCCUGAAACUUGGGAACAAUGAAAUACAAGAUGUUGGUGUAAAACAGUUAUGUGAAGCAUUGAAGCACCCCAACUGUAAAUUACACAGUCUUGGGCUGCAAAUGUGUCAGCUCACCACUGCCUGUUGUGAAGACCUCGCCUCAGCUCUCACCAUCUGCAAAACACUAAGGAGCCUGAACCUCGACUGGAUCACUCUGGACCACGAUGGGAUGGUGGUACUGUGUGCAGCUUUGAGCCACCCGGACUGUGCCCUGCAGGUGCUUGGCCUGGACAAAUCUGCAUUUGCUGAGAAAACACAGAGGCUGCUGACAGCUGUGGAAGAGAAAAAUACCCACUUGACCAUUGUACAUCAGCCUUGGACUGAAGAGGAGUACAAGAUGAAGGGUGUGCUCAUCUGA